AAAGCAUUCCCUCUCAGCCUUCAGUGUCAACAACCCCCCAUCCUGAAGACACGCUCACCACAACUGAGAGUGGGGAAACAGUUUGAGACCUAGCAUCAUUUAAACUUCCUCCACAGGCAGAAGAGCCAGAAGAGAAAAAUGAAGACAGGACAUUUUGAAAUGGUCACCAUACUGCUGGCACCUGUGAUUCUAAUGGACAUCUUCCAGGUAAAGGCUGAAAUGUUAGAUAUGGCAGAUAAUGCAUUUGAUGAUGAAUACCUGAAAUGCACAGACAGGAUGGAAAUCAAAUAUGUUCCCCAGUUGCUCAAGGAGGAAAAAGCAAGCCUCCAGCUCUUGGAAGAUGUGUGGGAAAAUGCAAAAGCCAAAUGGGAAACUCGGAAGACUCGGCUCUUUCUCCCUGUGGCUUUUAAGGAUAACCAUGGAAUAGCUCUGAUGGCAUAUAUUUCUGAAGCUCAAGAGCAAACUGCCUUUUAUCAUCUGUUCAAUGAAGCUGUGAAAAUGGCUGGCCAAUCUCGAAAAGAUUAUGUCUAUGGCUUCCAGUUCAAAGCUUUUCAUUUUUACCUGACAAAAGCCCUGCAGUUGCUGAGAUCUUGUGAGAAGAGUUACAAAAAUGUGGUGUAUAGCAUAAGCCAGAAUACUUCAUUUACAUUUGGAGGGCUAAACCAAGCCAGAUUGGGCCAUUUCACUUUGGCAUAUUCAGCCAAACCUCAAGCUGCUACUCACCAACACAUCCUGUUAACCAUCCGUACGUGCUUUGGAGUUGCCAUUGAAACAUUUUCUGAUAAAGAAAGUGAAACAAUUAUUUUAAUACCUCUGAAUGAGGUUUUUCAUGUGUCACAAGAUGGGACUAGCAAUAAUCUUAUCCUUCAAAGCACAAACAAGACCUGCAGCCAUUACGAGUGUGCGUUUCUAGGUGGACUGAAAACUGCAGAUUGUGUUGAGAACAUGGAAUAUUUUCAACCCAUCUAUGUCUACAACCCUGGUGAGAAAAACCAGAAGCUUGAAGAACCUGGAAUGAAAAGCCAGGAUUCCACUGUCUCGCCUGGUGUGAAGAGCCAAGAAGCCACCCAAAUACCUAGAAUGAAAAUUCCAGAACCUUUCUCAGUACCUGAAGGCAAAAAUCAAGAUAUCAACAAUCCUACUCCAGCUCCAGCUCCAGGUCCAGGUCCAGGCCCAGGUCCCAAAACCCAUCACUUUGCAUCUUCUGGCAAAAUGCUCCUUCCAACACUUGGAACAUUCAUUUUAGUCGGUGCCUCUACUAUAAAUCCCUUUACUGCGCUGUAGUCUGACACCUUCUUUAUUACCUGAAAUAUACUACCGGCCUCCCACAGAAAUCAUCAAAGGAAUGAUGUAUUUUUCACUUGUUGGCCAAAGUCAGUUGACAAAAUGAGAACUGCGUAUUUGUUAUUCACCUCACAAGUUCGGGUAAUUGAUCCAUAUCUCACAGAAUUCAGUUUUUACUUAUUUCUGUAUUAAUCUUAUUGCAAAAAUAAAAGUAUGCUUUUAAUUCAAUAAAAGACUAAAAUUACUAGAAUUUCAGUAGAAUUGCCAGAUAUUAAAAUGUAAAGUUAGUUAGUAGUUUAUAGAGUUUAAGAUGAGUUUAAUUCCUGAAUUAGAAUUUUAAAUGUGUUGUACUCAUCUUUAAAAGAUCAAACUUUGACUUCAAAUAGUGUAUUCAGUCUCUGCUUUCUCUCGUCAAUAAAUGAACACUUUUUAUUUCUAU